AUGGGGUUUUAUAGCUACCUCACUCGAGUGCCGUGUGCAUCUCCCUCUCCGCUCGGUACCAAACCGCCGCGGCGCCUCCUCCUCCUCCUCCCGCCGCUCCGCCGGCGCUAUUCACAGAGCCGGCUACGCCGCGCUCGCCCUGCACGCGCGGCCCCGCAGCCCGCGCUGCCCAAUGCGCAGCCAUUUCCUCCGGCGCUACGAAAGUGGCGUAGCGGCGCUGCCCGCCCGCCCCUCGCUGCGGCGGCUCGGCGCACGGCCCGGCCAUGGCCGCGGGCCCGGCCAGCGCCGCACGGAGCCCCGGCCCGGGCAGCGCGGCCGCCGCCGUGUCCCGGCCCAGGCAGCCGGGCUGGGCGGCUCGGGGGGACCUGCGGGGCCGGGGUCGAGCUGCCGCCUCUGCAGCCGCCAGCCGAGAGGGUCCGUCAGCAGCCGGGGCAUUUCGUACCUUCUUACCGAGGAAGCGAUCGAGGCCGAGGAAUUCAUCCUGGUUUUCAGCAAGGAAUGGCAUCAAGCAGAGAGGAAAAAUUACUGUGUGGCCACCCAGCCUUGGCUUUUUGCACUGGUCAUUGGCCAAUCCAUCUGCACUUCGACAUGGCACUUGGUCAUCUUGACCUAUUAGAAAAAUCCACUUGAGGCUGAUGUGAUUUGGUUCACAUCACUUCACACUUCAUCUGUCAGCAUGGUCUCAGGCAAAGUUUGGGGAUUUCACCAAAGAAGGGGAGGAAGCCUAAGG